CGAUGACGAGUCACGUGCCUAUUACGCUCACGACUUUCCCCAUGCAGGGCCAUGCAUCCAUCCUGCGCUUGCAAAGCUUUCUUGUUUCUGCUGCGCCAACCCAUCAGAUUCAAGGCUCACGACUCACGGCUCACGGCUCGAUCAUCGCGACUGGCUGGACACGUAACUCUUCUUCUAAUUCUGAGCUCACAUACCGCAAGUGCCUCCGUCACUCACGACUUUUGCCAUUCGCAUUCAGCAUUUGGCGCUUCACUCACCAUCGACGGCUUCAUGUCCAGCACGACACCUCCAAAAGCCGACGACUAGC